GUGCACCGCCCGCCGGGAGGGGCCCCGUGCAGAGAGAAAAGAAGAAUCCAUCUCUUGUGCUUGAGACAAACGGAUAGUCUGGAUGAUCUUUGAAUAGAAGAGCACAAUGCCUUUCUUGCAUGGCUUCCGCAGGAUCAUUUUUGAGUAUCAGCCAUUGGUAGAUGAGAUCCUGGGAUGUUUGGGGAUACAGGAUCCUGAAAAGCAGGAAACUCUAGAGAGCCCCAGCUGCCUAGCUGAAGACAGCAGCAAAUUCUUGGUCCUCAACAAGCUGUUGGAGAGAGAGACCCAGUCCCCAUUCUACCAAGAAGGCGUGAGCUACUCCUUGCUGAAGGUAGCUGAACUCGGGCUGGUGCCUGCAGCUGAAAUCCUCCUGCAGAACGGGGCCAAUCUUAUCUUUGAAGAUCCCGUCACCUAUUACACUGCUCUGCACAUCGCUGUUCUCCGAAACCAGCCGGACAUGGUGGAGCUGCUAGUGCGCCGCGGGGCGGACAUUAACCGGAGAGAUCGGAUUCACGAGAGCAGCCCCCUGGACCUCGCCAGUGAGGAGCCCGAACGGCUGCCAUGUUUGCGGCAUCUCCUGGAACUUGGUGCCGAUGUCAACGCAGCUGACAAAAAUGGAAAGACAGCUUUGCUGCAUGCCCUGGGCAGCAGCGAUGGAGUUCAGAUCCACAACACCGAAAACAUCCGGCUCUUGUUGGAAGGAGGAGCAGACGUGAAGGCCACCACGAAAGAUGGCGACACCGUCUUCACCUGCAUCAUCUUCCUGCUUGGUGAGACGGUGGGCAGGGACAAAGAGGAGGCGCGAAUGAUCAACCGCUUCUGCUUCCGGGUCACCCAGCUGCUGAUGGCCCACGGCGCUGACCCCAGCGAGUGCCCAGCCCACGAGUCCCUCACGCACAUCUGCCUCAAGAGCUUCAAGCUCCACUUCCCGCUCCUGCGCUUCCUGCUGGAGUCUGGGGCCUCCUACAACUGCUCCCUCCACGGUCCCUCGUGCUGGUCAGGCUUUCACAUAGUCUUUGAGAGGCUGUGCUCUCACCUCAGCAGCUCAGAAGACGACAGCUUCUCCGCUGACCUCCUGCAGAAAGCAGAAACUGUCCUAGAGCUCAUGGUGGCCAGCUCGCAGAUCCCCAAACUGCCCAGCAACUUUGACAUCAACUCCACCAGCUGCAGGUUCCAGGGGGAGAAGAUCAAGGCCCUUUUCUACUCCCUGAAGCAGCUGCAGCACUCACCGCAGGCCCUGAAACAUCUCUGCAGGGUGUACAUCCGGCAGCGCCUCAAACCGUGGCCAGUGGAUGUGAAGAUCAAGGCACUUCCUCUUCCCGACAGGCUAAAGUGGUAUCUCCUCAUAGACCACGGCAACGCCGGCGAGGAGGACAUCUGA